AUGCAACACUUCUAUGUGAUAGUUUCAUCUUACAGUGAAAUUACUAAAAAUGAGUACAUUGAUCCAAGAACUGCCCCGGUUGCCAUAGUUGAUCAUGUUAAUCAGAUUUGUACAAAGGUACGGCCUGCAAAUGAUGAAGAGCUUCCGUCUUUGUAUAUUGAGGAGUACAGAAAUGCUCUUGAUGCUGAAAUCCAGAUAUAUGUUAGUGAAUCUUAUCCGAAAGGUAUAUCUGCAGUUAAUUGUGUGAAGGGGAAAGAUACAGAGGGUCCAGGGUCCGACUUUGAGUUUGUUGUUAUAAUUACUGCCAUGAGACUAAGUCCCCAGAACUUCUGUAAUGGAAGUUGGAGAUCUGUAUGGAACAUUGAUUUCCAGGAUGAGUCCCAGGUGCUUGACAUAAAAGGGAAACUGCAGGUAGGAGCUCAUUAUUUUGAAGAGGGAAAUGUGGAAUUAGAUGCAAAAAAAGAUUUCCAAGAUUCAACAAUAUUUCAGUCUGCAGAUGACUGCGCGAUUGCCAUAGCCAAUAUUAUCAGGCACCAUGAAACAGAGUACCUUGCAGCCCUAGAGGUAGCUUAUUCUAAAUUACCGGAUAACACUUUCAAGGAUUUGAGGAGGAAACUUCCGGUGACACGAACUCUGUUCCCAUGGCAGAACACUUUACAGUUCAGCCUAACAAGAGAGGUCGAGAAAGAACUUGGACUUGGCAAUAUCAGUGAUAUUAUUUCUGUUGUGUCGUGUGUCUUUAUCCUCUUGAAAAGAGAAAAAAGCUCUGAUGCCGAGAAUCGAACCCGAGUCUCCUGGGUGAAAGACGGCUAUCCUAACCGCUGGACGACGUCGGAUUUGAUGUCAGAAGAUUUAAAACAGAAUAGUUGUUCGAAAUUCUGA